UUUGUUUCAAAAAUGAGUAGAGGAGGUAGAGGGGCUUCCACAAGUGGUGUUCGUGCAAUUGCAAACGUUCUCGGAAUAAGCAGACAAGAUGUUAGUCAAUAUAAUGCUCAACAAGUUCGAAAUGAGCCUUUGCCUUUAUAUCCACCAUUAGAUAAAACCCCUUUACCUCUAGAAGAAACAAAAGAACUCGCUUUUAUGGUUGAUACAAAACAAGAAUUUUUAAAUCGUUUUCGAGAAUCUCCUUUUUAUUCGAAAAAAACUGGGAAGAGGGAUGUGAGAAGGUACACGGACAAAUACAGAUUGAUGGAUAAGGAAACUUUUGAGCCACAUUGGAGUAGACUUCCAUCAGAACUUAAUUGGAAAACUAGAAGUAAAGCAAAUAUUCGCGCCGCCAAAAGGGCCAGAAUUGACGAAAACGCGCUUCUGGAAAGGCUGGGACAACGUGAAGGUCAUCCUGGAGAAAAGGAAACAGAAAAUGAAGAAAUAAAAGAAAAAGAAGUGGAUGAAGACGAAAUAGAAACACAAACAUUAAAACCAACAAAUGAAGAUGACGAAGAAGUUGAAUAUUCUGAUGAGGAUUAUUUAGCAGAAGAUGCAAAUGAUUAUAUAGAAACAUAUUUUGAUGGAGGUGAAGAUUAUGGAGAUGAAGGUGGAAAUGCUUUGGAAGAAGAAGGAACUUAUUAGGAAAAAGAAUUGUUUUUAAAUUACUAUUUUC